AUGGAAACUUCAAUUCUAAACGAACAGGAUGACGAUGACAUAUAUAUUGUAGAAUUAUCACGUAGUGUCCAUGAACAUUAUGAACAAAGUGACUCUGAAGAUGAUGAAAAUUAUGACGUUCGAUAUGAAAACGCUCAAGAUGAAAUUCAAGAUAAUAGAGAUGGUCAUAAUUAUGGUCAAGAGCAUGUAGAUAAAAAGUUAGAUUGGGAUACAUUAUCCGGAGUAGUAGUUGAUGAUGUUCUUGCUGUUUUGUGGAUGGACAACGGUCCAGUAACCAUGCUGACCACCAUUCACGAAAUUACUGGAAAUGAAAAUAGAGUUGAAAGAGUUCGACGUCGACCCCGAGAAACUAGCACCAAUGCUACAAAAGUACGUGCAGUUUUUGGAACUGCUAGUAAAAAAGCUUUGCCAAUACCUUGUAUAAUUGAUGACUACAACCACCACAUGGGUGGAGUAGACAUAGCCGAUCAACUUCGCAGGUAUUAUGCCGUCCAAUUACCAAAUUUUCGAAUUCAUCUAGUAUGGGAAUUAAUUAAUGCAGGUAUGGAAGAAAAUGAUCGAACAAAAAAGCCAAAUACGCGAAGUCGGGUAGAAGAAUUAACACAUCAAUUUGAAAAUAUUGGUGUUAAUCUUCCAAAAACACAGUAUGUGACGAGUAAUUUCGAACUCUCCUUAUUAAGGCUAUCUCCGGAUGGACAUUUACCUGAAUGGAGAAAAGAAAGAA